AUGUCAUUUUACAGGACAAGUAACUCAUCAUCAUCGUCUACACCAUCAACAAUGGCAACAGAGAAGGAUUUGGCCAAUGACAUUGUUCUUAACAAUGCAGCAGAAGAUUCUAUUAGUGAUAUUGCAUUCUCUCCACAAUCCGACUUUAUGUUCAGCGUUAGUUCAUGGGAUAGUAAGGUGAGGAUAUGGGAUGUUCAAAACGGUGUUCCACAAGGUAGAGCGCAAUAUGAACAUCAAGCUCCAGUUUUAACUACUAGAUGGUCAUUUGAUGGGACUAAGAUAGCAAGUGGUGGAUGUGAUAAUGUAUUGAAAGUUUUUGAUGUUACUACUGGUCAAGCUCAACAAAUUGGUCAACAUAACAGUGCUAUUCAAUCCUUACGGUUUGUUUCCUGUGGGCCAACCAACCAACAAUGCAUUGCCACAGGUUCAUGGGACAAGACUGUAAAAUAUUGGGAUCUAAGAUCUCCCCAACCGAUAACGACCUUACAAAUGCCAGAAAGAGUUUACUGUAUGGACUCUUCUCAAAAGUUACUCGUUGUUGGUACGGCUGAAAGACAUUUAGUCGUAAUAGAUUUAAAUAACCCAGGUCAAAUCUUCAAGACAUCUUUGUCGCCUUUGAAAUGGCAGACUAGAUCUAUAUCAUGCUACAAUGAAGGUAACGGAUUUGCUAUAGGGUCAAUCGAGGGAAGGUGUGCAGUUCAAUACAUUGACGAACAAGAACAGAGGAAAGACGGAUUUUCAUUCAAAUGCCAUCGUCAACAAGUACAAAAUAAUGGGGCAGCAGGUGGACGGACAUCAACAGAAGUUCAAGUCUUCCCUGUAAAUAGUAUAGUGUUUCACCCCAUUCAUGGCACAUUUGCAACUGCGGGUGCUGACGGUUCUUUCCACUUUUGGGAUAAGAAUCAUAGACACAGACUUAAGGGCUUUCCUCGACUAAACUACUCCAUACCUGUAUGUCAAUUUAAUAGAACAGGUUCUGUGUUCGCAUAUGCACUAAGCUACGAUUGGCACCAAGGUCAUACUGGUAAUAGACCAGAUUAUCCAAAUGUCAUCAGAUUACAUGCUACAUCAGAUGAAGAAGUCAAGGCAAAGAAAAAGACUACUACACGUUAA